AUGGCGUUGAUGUUGGUAUUUCUAACGAUCAUCUUAGCUUUGAAAGCUUCAGCACAAGUCCAUCAGUGUGAGGCUGCAACUAACACUGCCGGCAUUGUCCAAGGAAGGACGGUAACGUUAGAAGACGGAACAACGCAAAUACACGAGUUCCACAAAAUACGCUACGGGGAAGCUCCAACAGGGAACCUUAGAUUUAGACCACCACAGCGGCACACAGUCCCCAAGUCCACCAAGGUGAUGGCAACUAAUGAUACCCCCAUGUCCUGUGUGGAUGGUAAUGGUAACGGAACUGAGGAUUGUCUCUUCCUUCACGUACGGUCUCCAGACUUGCAAGGCUCCAGACCUGUUAUUGUUUGGAUUCACGGUGGAGCACUCAUAUGGGGCUAUGGGAAUAUGCCAGAGUACUCUUUUGACUCGGAGACCACCCACCAAGUAGAUGCUGUUACCGUCAACAUCAACUACAGACUUGGGUUCCUGGGGUUCAGCUCUGUUAGUGAGUUGUGGGAUGAAGGUGAAGGAGUGUACGCUAACAAUGGUAUCAGAGAUAUGAUCGCAGCUCUGGAUUGGAUACAAGAAAACAUAGCUGCCUUUGGAGGAGAUCCAAACUCUGUCACAAUUAUUGGACACAGCGCAGGUGGUACUUCCGUUCUGGCGCUAACCUGCUCUCCUAUGGCUAACAACAAGUUCCAUGCAGCUGUCUCCAUGAGUCCAGCACCUGAGAUGAGAGCCUCGCACGUUGUAGGGGACCUCUUUCAGCGAGACUAUGUGUCCAACUACUUGGGGUGUAAUCAGCCCAGUCCUGCUGCGCGGAAACAUUGCUUGCUGCAACUUGAUGCUAGUAAAUUUAAAUCCCCUCUACAGGACUUUUCUGGGUCUGGUUAUUUCAAUUUCCCAAUGGUUGAUGGGAUUAAAGGUGAAGCGUUUGGGUACAUCAUGAUUGACCCUGUGGUGGUUACAAUCGCUCCAAGAAAUCUGAAAGAUGCUACAUUCGCUCCAAAGGCACCUAUUAAAAUUAUAGUGUCCAGUACCGCUGAAGAAAUCACGGACAAUGCUUUCCCGACAGACAAUGAAGCCCAUAAAUACAUGGAAGCCAACUUACUGAAGCUGACCCACAGAAGCGAUAUACUGAACAUGGUCUACCAGCAGUUCUAUCCUGGGAAAACGGCUAAAGAUGCCUACAGUCUUCUUGUAACUGACAUGCGGGCAACAUGUCCUACCAAUGAAGUAGUUGGAGCCAUGUCCCUCAGCAGGAACCGUGAAAUGUACAGGCUGUACGUUACACAUCACUCUCCAGGGUCGGGACCAAUUCACGGGUACACUGCAUGUUUCCUGUUUGGAAGUUAUAAAACAGCAAUUAAGUCGCUGACUGAGACAGAGCAUCAGUUUGCACGACACAUGCAUGACAUGUUGAAGAACUUAGCAUGGAGCAGAUAUUUGGAACAUGGAUGGAAUCCCUUCCCUGCAACAUCCAUGGAAUUUGAAAAAAGCCCACGGAUUUCUAAGAUAACAACGACUCAGCCACAACAACUGGUUUGCCACUACCUUGCACACCUCGGUCUAACAAAGGCGACCUGUGGGUUCUGUGAGUGUAAGGACAAGCCUAGUGUGGUAGGGUGUGCUAAGUUCCUGGCUUAUGGACAAUGUCUCCACAACCCUACUGCUAACUACCAAUGUCCAGCUACAUGUAAAUUCUGUGAUAAAUUCUGUGAGGUGACAACUAACACUGCCGGCAUUAUCCAAGGAAGGACAGUAACGUUAGAAGACGGAACAACGCAAAUACACGAGUUCCACAAAAUACGCUACGGGGAAGCUCCAACAGGGAACCUUAGAUUCAGACCACCACAGCGGCACACAGUCCCAAAGUCCACCAAGGUGAUGGCAACUGCUGACACCCACAUGUCCUGUGUGGAUGGUAAUGGUAAAGGAACUGAGGAUUGUCUCUUCCUGCACGUACGAUCUCCAGACUUGCAAGGCUCCAGACCUGUUAUUGUUUGGAUCCAUGGUGGAGCACUUAAAUUUGGUUCAGGAAUGGAUAUAGGAUACAGUUUUAGCUCUGACACCACCCACCAAGUAGAUGCUGUUACCGUCAACAUCAACUACAGACUUGGGUUCCUGGGGUUCAGUUCAGUUAGUGAGUUGUGGGAUGAAGGUGAAGGAGUGUACGCUAACAAUGGUAUCAGAGAUAUGAUCGCAGCUCUGGAUUGGAUACAAGAAAACAUAGCUGCCUUUGGAGGAGAUCCAAACUCUGUCACCAUUAUUGGACACAGCGCAGGUGGUACUUCCGUUCUGGCGCUAACCUGCUCUCCUAUGGCUAACAACAAGUUCCAUGCAGCUGUCUCCAUGAGUCCAGCACCUGAGAUGAGAGCCUCGCACGUGGUAGGGGAUCUCUUUCAGCGAGACUAUGUGUCCAACUACUUGGGGUGUAAUCAGCCCAGUCCUACUGCGCGGAAACAUUGCUUGCUGCAACUUGAUGCUAGUAAGUUUAAAUCCCCUCUACAGGACAAACGUUUUUCUGGGUCUGCUUAUUUCAAUUUCCCAAUGGUUGAUGGGAUUAAAGGUGAAGCGUUUGGGUACAUCGUGAUUGACCCUGUGGUGGUUACAAUCGCUCCAAGAAAUCUGAAAGAUGCUACAUUCGCUCCAAAGGCACCUAUUAAAAUUAUAGUGUCCAAUACCGCUGAAGAAAUCACGGCCACUGCUUUCCCGACAGACCAUGAAGCCCAUAAAUACAUGGAAGCCAACUUACUGAAGCUGACCCACAGAAGCGAUAUACUGAACAUGGUCUACCAGCAGUUCUAUCCUGGGAAAACAGCUAAAGAUGCCUACAGUCAUCUUGUAACUGACAUGCGGGCAACAUGUCCUACCAAUGAAGUAGUUGGAGCCAUGUCCCUCAGCAGGAACCGUGAAAUGUACAGGCUGUACGUUACUCAUCACUCUCCAGGGUUACCACCAAUUCACGGGUACACUGCAUGUUUCCUGUUUGGAAGUUAUAAAACAGCAAUUAAGUCACUGACUGAGACAGAGCAUCAGUUUGCACGACACAUGCAUGACAUGUUGAAGAACUUAGCAUGGAGCAGAUAUUUGGAACAUGGAUGGAAUCCCUUCCCUGCAACAUCCAUGGAAUUUGAAAAAAGCCCACGGAUUUCUAAGAUAACAACGACUCAGCCACAACAACUGGUUUGCCACUACCUCGCACACCUCGGUCUAACAAAGUACGGGUGGCAGAAUUAG